AUGGCACGAUCAGUCCUUCUUUCCGGCGCUUUGCUGGUGCUUCAUGUUACUGCUCAAACAGCCUCGCCUUUCACAGACGACAAGACUGGUAUUACUUUCAAUGGAUUUCAACAUUAUUCUGGGUAUCGAUUUGGUCUUGCAUUGCCCGAGAAUCCAUCUACCGACUUCAUUGGCCAGAUUGUGGGGCCGGUCAACAGCACGGGAGGAUGGGCUGGUGUCUCGAUGGCUUCAUCCAUGACAGAUCACUUGCUGAUAGUUGCUUGGCCGAAUGGGGAUGAAGUUGUUUCGUCAUUCCGCAAAGCCACUGGCUAUACUUCUCCCCCAAUAACCACCGGAAACUUCUCCAUGACGACGAUUCCUACUGGCACCUACACAAAUGGCACUGCAUUCUCUUACACCUUUCUUUGCUCAGGGUGUAUUACUGACGAUGAUGUCGGGCUCUCCAUCUUGGAAGCUACAACAGUUCUCGGCUGGGCGUGGUCUAAUCAAGCCGUUACGGAUCCUACUUCUGCAUCCUCUGCUUUGACUUACCAUGCUGCCGGGUUUGGUGCUUUCGGUGUUACUGUCGCUGAUGCGGAGAGCUCGGAGUACAGUACCUGGGCGGCCUUGGCUACCGGCGGCAACUCUACUUUCCCGAGUGGAAAUUCAACCACUCCAAUUGGUGGUGGUGGUUCUGCAAACGGCACAAUGGGAGGAAAUGCCACCGCUACUAUUUCAAAUUCAACCUAUGACUACAUCGUUGCUGGCGCCGGGGCUGCCGGUAUUGUCGCCGCUGAAAGACUUGCAGAGAGCGGAGCUACCGUCAGCGCUUCCAACCCGCUGGCUACCGUCCUCCUACUUGAACGUGGUGGUCCAUCCUUUGCAUCUACCGGGAAUACCGAUACACUCUCGUGGAAUAGCUCUGUCACUAUGUAUGAUGUUCCCGGCCUCGAUUAUUAUCUUAGCGUGGCUGGAACUCCAGCCUUUUGCACGGAUACGGCCGAUCAAGCUGGUUGCUUACUUGGUGGCGGGACUAUGGUCAAUGCUAUGAUGUUUAUCCACCCACAGGAUAAGGAUUUUGAUGAUAAAUGGCCAACAGGCUGGAAAUGGUCCGACGUUUCGGCUGCUGCUGACCGACUGUACGAGCGUAAUCCUGGCCAGAAUUACGGCUCAGUAGAUGGACUUCGCUAUAACGACCAAGCUUAUGAGGUUCUCUCGCAAUUCCUUGCCGGAAAUGGUUGGAACUAUGUGGAUUCGAUCAAAGAACCCAACGAUAAGAAGGAUGUCUUCACACACCCACCAUGGAGUACUGCGGACGGUCUUCGUGCAGGUCCCGUCCGAAACUACCUUCCGCUUGCAUUAGCCAUGUCCAACUUUAAGCUAAUGCUGAAUACGAUGGUAAUUCGCGCUGUUCGCAAUGGAUCCACUAUUUCGGGCGUUGAAACAGAAUGUGGCGUAACCGGGAAACGCGUCAUCUACAAUGUCAACUCAGGCGGCGGUGUUAUUCUGGCGUCCGGUGCCAUGUCUACCCCUCGUAUUCUCUUUAACAGCGCCAUUGGGCCUAGGGAGCAAAUUCAGACUGUUGCGAGUGGAUCGACAGGCGUUAUUCUCCCUGCUGAAUCUGAAUGGAUCAAUCUCCCAGUCGGAGCUGAGAUCAGAGAUCAUCCCAUAUUCCCAGUUAAGUUUUCCACCAAAGUUAACAUGCCUGCUCUUGGUACCACCGAUUUCACAAGCCCCAACGAGACUACUGUCGAACUAUUUGCCAAGGGCUCUGGAGCUCUCGCCCAAUCUGGACAACGCCUAAACUUCUGGAGCUCAGUGGAAACAUCAGAUGGACACACAAUUUUCGUACAAGGAACCUGCAAUGGUCCCGCCAACAACACCAUAUCCAUGAAAAUUUAUCUCACCCAUGGUGUUACUUCCGUUGGAAGCCUUGGAAUAACUGCCGAUGGCGCUACCGAAUUCAUUACAAAGCCCUGGUUGACAAGUGGCACCGAUAUUGAGGCCGCAACAAUUUUCAUGGACCGCCUCCUUGAGAUGAGCCGCAAGCCAAACUCAACACUCUCAUUUCUCUCUGCUGGAUCAUCUGGAAGCGUUACAGGCUCGAAUGUGACGGGUGCGGAUCUCCUGAAAGACUUUACUACUGGAGCUCACUUUGUGAGUACUGCGAAGAUGGGUGAGGACGAGACUACCGCAGUUGUGGAUACAAACACCAAGGUCUUUGGCACCGAUAAUUUGUUUGUUGUUGAUGCCAGCAUGCACCCCGAUCUUCCGACUGGCAACACCCAGGCAAUGGUCAUGGUCGCUGCUGAAGCCGCCGUCAUCAAGAUCCUGGCUCUGAAAGGAUCUUCAAACGGCUCUGCAAACGCCGUGAGUGCCCCUUCCCUUCCAAUCGGCACGGCCAUUCCCCAACCCUCUGGUACCGGUGCCUCAGCUGCAACUACCCUUUCUGCACCCCCUGAACCUCCAUCCUUACCCACGCGCAGUCCCUGGGAUAAUUGGCCCCCACAGCCAAGUCAGAAAGGAGAAGCCAAGACAAAGAGAAGCACAUCAGAAGAGAGAGGCUAA